AUGUUGAUGUGCGCCGGAGGAGGGGUGUGGGAGGGGAUGGGGAUGUUGAUAGUUGGGCGGACAUUUUGUCGGUGGGGUGGCGGAGAUGUCGUUGCUGUCGUUGGGGGUGGGAAUGGAGGUGUGAAGAGAGGAGCGUCCUGUGGUUGAAGCUGGCCGAGUGGCGCAGUGCACCUUCCCAAAGGCCCCAAGGGCAACCCUCAUAUUACCCAAACGAUCUGCCCUCCUGCCAGAAUACACUUGCCCCUCAAAUACCUAUUUCAUACGUCGCAUACUCCUGUCUGGCAUUUCAGCGCCACAUCUUGCUUCCUUUUUCGAAUUUUUUACAAAAUUUCAGUUUCGAUUGACCUCAGUUUUAAAAGUGUUUCACACUCUAAUUGGCACAAACACGGGAGGGCAAGAUGGACGACCAGGAAGAGCGACAAAUGCAAGUGGACGAGCCACGAAAUGGUGAUGAGAGAGAACCGCCUUCAAGCGAGGCCGAUCAUGAGGGAGAGGGCUCCGGUGAUGACACGGCGCGGCCUUCAGCGGGUCGAGUAGGGAUGUACAGCGAUGACGACGAAUCCGAAGAAACCGAGGAUGACGAAAUGACCGAAGCCGACAAACAAUUCAUCGUCUCCGACGCCGACGAAGAAGAAGGCGGCGCGGAAGUCUCCGACGACGCCGAAGGCAACUCCUCCUCCCAAAAACGCCGCAAAAAGCGCAAACGACGAAAGCGCGCGCCCUCCGACUCCGAAAGCGAUCUAGACGAAGACGACCUCGAUCUCGUCAACGAGAACAGCGGCGGUGGCGGGCGGCAGUUCAAACGAUUGCGACGGAAGGGGGAUGACGAUGAGCUGGCGAAGAUAUUUGAGGAUGAGGAGGAGGCCCCUGUAAGGGCUGUGGAUUAUGAUGAUGAUGAUGGGAUGGAGGACUUCAUCAUUGAUGAUGAGGAGGGGGAGGUUCCCGAGGUGGAUCGGGCGGAGAAGCUGGCGCAGAGGAAGAAGGAGAGGCAGAUUUUAGGGCAUAAUUUGGGGAGGGGGUUGGGGAUUUCUGAUGACAUGUGGAGCGAGGUUCAGCUCCUAUUCGAUUACGAGGUGGAUUAUGGAUGGGCGUUGCAUGGCAAGCCUGACCUGAUGGACGUGGACGAAGUCGAUGACGAAGGCGUAGUCCAAAAAGACAAGACCCUGAAGCUGACUGAUAUUUACGAGCCAGCAGAGAUUGCAGAGAAGCACUUGACCGACGCAGAUGAGCUCAUUCGCGUCAACGAUGUUCCUGAACGGUAUCAGUCACGCGGCGACCUACCCAUCCCCGAAGCCGGCGAGCUCGAACGCGAAGCCCUUUACAUUGGUCAACAAAUCUUCACCGAAAAGCAUAUCGAAGACGAAGUCACCCUCACCCACCCCGUCGUCGAAUCCAUCCACAAAGUGCUCGAAUUCGUCCGCGGAGAGAACGAUCGCCAGGAACGACCGCACUACGAAGUGCCUUUUAUCAUGACCCAUCGGAAAGACUACGUAGCUGGCCGGCUUGACCGAAACGAUAUGUGGCGCGUGGUGGAUCUGGAUCAGCAGUUUAUUGCGCUGGAGCAGAAGAAGAGGAACCUGUCGGCGUUGUUCAAGGAUAUCGUGUCCCUUUCGCCGGAAGCGGUCAAUGAUACGUAUGUCGAGCAGUGUCUGAGCAAGGCGACGACGGUGGAGGCCGUUGCGGAUGUGUCGCAGUAUAUUCAGCUGCGGUACUCGAAUGAGAUGGCCCAGGCGGAACAGUCAAGGCGGAAUACGUUCAAGAAGGCUAGGCGUAAGACGGCCUAUGAGAUUGGGAAAGAAGCUGGGUUGUCGAAACUGGUCGAGAUGUUCAAUUGCGAUGGACGGCAGAUUCCGAAUAAUAUCACGGGUGGAGCGACAAAGACGGAUGUGCCGGCGGAGACUCCGUUUCAGGUUGCUGCGCGACUCACGGGUGCUUUGUUCGCUACACCUGAAAAGGUCCUGGACGCAGCACGCUCGAUGGUCGCAGCGGAAGUAGCCGCUGACCCCGCCUUCCGAAGCUUUGUCCGCAAAAUUUACCUCUCCGACGCAACCCUUACCGUCACUCCAACGCGCAAGGGCAAAAGCGAGAUCGACUACAACCACCCCUUCUACUUCUUCAAAUACGUCACCAACAAGUUUCUCUGGGACUUCCACGACGGCGUGUUCCUGCAGGUCAUGAGCGCCGAAGACCAGAAGCUGAUCGAGACGGAUAUCCGCAUCUCUGCGGAAGAAGAGUUCCUGAACGAUAUCAUCCGCCGCGUGUCGUUUGCGUCGGAGACCCCCGUCGCUCAGGCGUGGAACGAUGAGAUCAGGAAGGCAAUGCUGCAUGCGUGUAGGGAUAUUGUGUUUCCGCAGCUGGUGAAGUGGCAGAAGGAGAAAUGGGCGAUGCAGAGCGCGGAUUUUGUGGCGUUGGAGUUCCAGAAGGCUUUGGAGGCUAGGAUUGAGAUGGCGCCGUACACGCGGGACCCGGAUACGGUCGAGGAAUGGGACCCGCGGGUGUUGGCGAUUAGUUGGGGGGAUGGGGAACCCAAUGCGCCGACGUGGGCGGUUGUGUUGAAAGAAACAGGGGAACUGCUCUCCACAACCAAACUCGAACGUCUGCGAGGCCCACAGGAGCAGCGUCAACCGGACAUCGACACUAUCUACGACCUCAUCGCACGUCACCAACCCGAAGUCAUCGUACUGGGCGGGUUCACACCCAACACCAAAACCCUACUCCACCGCACCCUCGAAGACGCCCUAAUCGCCGGCCGGCUCAAAGACGAGAUCAAGAUCAUCUUCACCGAAGACGAAGCCGCCCGGAUCUUCAUGAACUCGGAACGCGGCCUCCGUGAAUUCCCAGAGGGCGCGUACCCGCCCCUCGUGCGGUAUUUGGUGUCGCUGGGACGGAAGGUGCAGGAUCCGACGACGGAGUAUGCGGGGUUGAUGAUGGCGCACGAUUUCAGGGAUGUGUUGGCGUUGCAGUUGCAUCCGUUGCAGCGAUUUGUGCCGGAUGUGAAAUUGAAGUGGGCGGCGCAGAAGGCGUUUGUGAAUGUUGUUAAUAGUUGUGGCGUGGAUAUCAACCUUGCCGCACAACAUGCACAUAGAGCCACGACGUUGCAAUUCGUUGCGGGAUUGGGACCGAGGAAAGCUCAGUCCUUCCUUUCCAAAAUAUCGCGAUUGGGAGGUCGCUUAGAAACCCGCGCCCAACUCAUCCGCAAAUCCCUCUGCGGCAAACGCGUCUUCAUGAACUGCGCCUCCUUCAUUCGCAUCCGCGCCCGCAACUUUGCCCGCUACGAAGCUAACCUCGACGUCCUAGACGACACGCGCAUCCACCCCGAAGAUUACGACCUCGCGCGCAAGAUGGCCGCCGAUGCCCUCGACUACGAGGACGCCGCAGUGGAAGAUGAAGAAAACCCGUCCGUGCACGUCGCGGAACUGAUGGAAUCCGACGCGGAUCUUGUCAAACUGGCCCAUCUCGCCCUCGACGAGUUUGCGCUUGAGCUGGAACGCCGUAUGAAGGAGAAGAAGAAGAUGGCGCUGGAGGACAUCAUGAAGGAAAUCAUGCGACCGUUUGGCGAACGCCGUAAACCCUUCACACCCGCGUCCCUCGACGAGAUCUUCACCAUGCUCACCCACGAGACAAACGAAACCCUUCGCGAAGGCUCCGUCGUCUCGGCCCAAAUCACCCGCGUGGUUGAACGACUGCUCAAACUCCGGCUCGUCUCCGGUCUGGACGGGCUCAUCCACAUUCGGCAAAUACCCUUCGACAGACAUACCAACCCGCCGACAUCGCUUGUCGGGCUGUUCAGAGAGGACACGCUGCUGCAGGCCCGAGUUGUGCGUGUGGAUAAGGAGCGGAUGGUGGUGGAGAUGUCGUUGAUAAAUGUGGAUCCGGAUGCGAGUAGGGCGAGGGUGCCGGUGGAUGUUAAGUUUGAUAAGCUGAGGGAGGAGGAUGAGGAGAGGGCCCAGAAGAACAUUGACACAAGAAGAAGCAAACGCACCGUCCGCACCAUCAAACAUCCGUACUUCAAACAAAUGGACUACAAGCGCGCCACGCAGUACCUCGCCGACAAACCCGUCGGGGCUGUCGUCAUCCGGCCGUCGCUGAAGGGCAAUGACCACUUUUCCAUCACCUGGAAGGUUGAUGAGGAUGUUUUCCAGCAUGUUGACGUACUGGAAGAAAAGAAGUCGAGCGAGAUGGACCUGGGCCGGGUACUGAAAGUCGAAGGCGAGGAGUACGCCGAGAUCGACCAGAUCAUCGCGGAGCAUAUCGAGGCGACGAGUCGCAAAGUGCAGAGCUUGCUUGCGCAUGCCAAGUUUCAUAAGAAAACGAUGCCUGAGAUGAUAAAAGAAAUCGAACACCAAACCCUCACAACCUCCCGCUCCGCCUACGGCCUCCUCGCCCACCCCGACCAACCCUGCCAUUUCCUCCUCGUCUACAAACACCCCCAUACGCGCCGACCGCCCGCAAAAGACGAGGUCGUCGUCCGGCCCAAGGGGUACAUGUUCCGCAAACGCAUGUUUUCGAGUGUCGAUGAGCUGUUGAGAUACUUUAAGGAGGAUGAGGGGAGACGGGGGGCCGCGCACCAUCAUCAGCAGCAGCAGCAGGGAGGGCAUCAUCAUGCGAGGGCGCCGCAGGGGAUGGGGAUGCACCUGGGGAUAGGUGUGCAGCCACCAAUACCAGGACAUUAUGUUCGGAGGUAGCGAUGCGGAUAGUCGGGGUUGCGGCGUCGGUUGUGGGAAGGGCGGUGUGAUUGUUUAGUCGGGGAGUAUUUGUAUGAUGGCGCUCUGCGUUGGAAAACUUUGCAUACACACACAGCCUUGGGCCUUCACCUUAUGAAAAUGUACAUUUAUUCUUUGGAGAGAGAAGAGAAGGUGCGGCUUAGCUCAAAACCUAGUGGGCCGAAGUUUUCCUGGCCCCAUUGGC